AUGACUCCCCCGAAGCCGAGCUCCCAUCCUGCAGUGGCUGCCGGAAACGGAAACUCAAGUGUUCCAGACAGAGACCAUCUUGUUCCAACUGUGAGCGAUUGGGUGAGUGCACCUUGUGUUUAUGAAAAUCGUCGGACGAAACCAGGUUUGAAAGGUGGUGCUGUCGAGAGCCUCAAUCAGCGGUUAGAAAAGGUCGAAAAAGCAUUGUUCGGCUCAGAACAUGGCCAAGGUGCACAAGGCUCUGAAGGUACAAAUCGUGAUUUCUCAGGCGGCAGGACAAGUGAUAGCAGUCCAACGCCCCUGGAGGCAGUCCUUUCUACUCUUGCCGGCGAGUUGCAGAAGCUGAAUCAAAAUAUUGAGCCGACUCGCAAAAGGCAGUAUGAAUACGACCCAUACAGAAAGGUCUCCGAACUUUUCAAGAGAAGAAGGCGAGAUGCAGUCGAGGAGCAGCAUCAAGCCAGUAAUCAAGAUACCACUCAGCAACAAACUCGUCAGCAUUCAUUAUGCAAGAUCGAUAUUAUCCAAGACCAUUUGGAAAAGCUAGUCGAGGCACAUUUCGACAACAUCCAGCCAUGGAUACCAAUGAUAAUUAUGAGAGGCUUCCAUGACCGCAUUCAGAAAGACACUGAGCAUCGCAUGACAAUUGUGCUUGAGGCAAUGAUGAUAGCUUCUCUGCGCUAUGUCGAGAUCAAUGGCAACCCACUGGAUAAUACUUUUAUCAAUAGCGAGGUGGCAAGGUUACGAAAGCGUGUGAUGAUGGAUGCGAUGGAGGGUCUGACGACGGAGAAUUUGCAAGCACUCAUCAUGAUUGCAUUCACCGCGAUUGGAAAUGGCAACUUGGAAAAGGCCUGGCCUGUCAUUGGGUCUCUGACACGAACAGUCGAGUACAUGGGACUUUCUGUUGAACCCGAAGUGCAUCAACGCAAGAGAGGGUUAUUGUCAGAUAGCUCAUCGCUACCAGAGCCACGAGAUUGGCUGGAGGAAGAGGAAAGAAGACGGAUCUUCUGGAAUGUCUUCAUCCUUGACAGAAUCUCAUCUAUUAUCAAAGGAUGGAGUCCAGGCAUUAAUUCAGCCGAUGUUUGUCGAAGACUGCCUAUAUGCGGUGGGAGCUGGUUCCACAACGAGCCAGCAGUGACACCCUACUUCGGAAACUGGGACGAGCCAACAGCACGCAACAGUCACGGGACGAGUCCUUACUCUGUUGGAAGUAAUGCUGGUGGUGUUAACGGACCAGCGAGUAGCUGCAACGUCCUGGCUAGGGGCAAGGCAACUGGGGAUAUUUCCAAGAUUGGUGCUUUGGCUUAUUAUAUCCAGUCAAUCGACUCACUUUGCCAGAUUUCAAAAAGCUUCCUACAGCCUGCCGUGGACUUCUCCAAUAGACAGGAAGUAUCUCUUUGGCUGACCAAGUUCAAAGAACUUGAUCUCCGCUUAGUACACUGGAAGAUGUAUCUGCCUCAGCAAUGGAAAGAUUCUGGCGUUUCGCGCAAGAUAAUGCCUGGCGUAAUGGACCCCAGCAUGACACUAGCCAAUGCGACGCACAACACUUCCGUAAUCCUCCUCCACGAGCGUAUUGCAUACCCGGACUCUGAGCUUCUCAGCCUGAACCUCCCCAGUCAUUUUAGUGCCGAGAACUGUCUCAACGCCGCCAUAGAGACGGCAAAUAUCACAACCAAAUAUCUCGGAGGCUAUCCAUCAGCUCGCGCUGUGCCGCCGCAAAUGGGGAUAUGCGCCUUCGUCAGUGCCAGAACUCUGCUGGUUCACUCUCAAUACUACAGUACCCCUUUAGCCAAAGAAUUCAAAAAGCUCAUGGAUAAUUUGACGGGCAUGUCCGAUCGAUGGACUGGUCUUGAACAGGCAGAAAAAACGGAUAAGUCUCCCAACUUCUUUGACCAGCUAUUCAACAGGCUGCAAGAUCAAUACAAGGAGUUACAGGGAGCGACUACAGGCCAGACUAUACCGCGAUCAAUCACGGCCUUUGGAGUUGAAGGCCCUAUAUUCAAUUCAAAUCACGCCCAAGUCAGUCCAGAUUUGCCCCAGACUGUUAACAACUUGACGCGCGGAAUGAAUCCGGUGCAAUUGAGCAACCACGAAUGGCAAGUCGACUCGCAGUCACCACAUGCAAUCUCAAAGGAUGACCUGUUCACAAUAUCUCAAACUCUCCUAAACAACGACUUUCUUGAGUUGGAUCGCAUUGUUAGCUUCGAGGAUAUGAUGGCCGUUGGGAACAUGCCACAGUAUUAUGGCACCAACAGCUACAGCUAG